CGACUAAAUUCGAUGCAACCCUCGAUCGACUUGUACAUGAUUCACGUUGAAAUAACAAAAAAAAAAUGUAAAAAAAAAAAAACUUUGGAGUGAUCCAACUACAUUGCAGAGCAAUGGCAAGCUCUGGAAAAUAUCCAGAUCCAUGUGGGCCCCACGUUUUCUUCCCCAUAGCAAUCUUCAUCGUCGGAAAAUUGUCAGACAACCCCACGAACGGAUCCAGAUUCAGAGGGAGACGUCAAUCGGAGCUACCAUGAAACUGCCUUCUAUAUGUCCGCCAAUCUCACCUCCCUUGUCCGAAUCCCAACUCCACGACGAAGAACAAGAAGAUCGUCAACUAUCCUUUGCCGGGAUUUCUUCACCGCCCUCUCCCUCUCUAGAUUUUUAUCAAAAGUUAGUCGGUUAUUCCCUCUUUAUAAACCCUAAUCGCCUGUUUCCCGUUUCCCCAUUUCCAACCCCCUCCUUCCGUUUUUCCUCUUUGUCUCACUUUUUCUCUCCCCAGUCUGCGAAUUCAGUCUUUUAACUGUUUCAGAUGAACCCAGAAAAAGACAAUCCUCCGAAACCCCCUCCGAUAUCGACCCAACCCGCUUCCGGGUCUCUUUACAUCGAAACCGACAUGGGCUUCUCCGCGUCUCCGCUAUUUUCACCGCUCACUGGUCUCGAGGCGUUAUCCGCCGGGAUCUGCGGCGGAGGAGAGACAGAGAUGCCGCAGCCGUUGGAGUGCUUGCAGGGGAAUCCGAUUCCGCCGUUUCUGUCGAAGACGUUCGAUUUGGUGGACGACCCGAAUCUCGACCCGGUUAUCUCUUGGGGCCAAACCGGUUUGAGCUUCGUGGUGUGGGACCCGGUUGAGUUCGCGAGGGUCAUCCUUCCUCGGAGUUUCAAACACAACAACUUCUCCAGCUUCGUCCGACAGCUUAACACUUACGGUUUCCGGAAGAUCGAUACUGACAGGUGGGAAUUCGCCAACGAGGCUUUCCAGAGAGGAAAGUCCCAUCUUCUGAAGAACAUACAUCGGCGAAGAUCAUCGCAAUCUCAGCAGGCGAGCAGCAGCUGUUUCUUCGGGUCGCCUCCUGAGGUCCGGGCCGAGAUCGAGAAGCUGAGAAAAGAACGAAAAACGUUGAUAGCGGAAGUAGCAGAGCUUCAGCAGCAGCAGAGAGGGACAGCUCGGGACGUUGACUCGGUGAACGAAAGGCUUCAAGCCGCAGAGCAAAGGCAGAGGCAGAUGCUCUCGUUCUUGGCCAAGCUCUUUCGAAACCCUAGUUUCUUGGAAUGUCUCAGGAGCCACGGGGAAGGAAGAGCUUUCGGGCCAUCGUCAAAGACUAGAAGGAAGUUCAUCAAGCACCAACAACACCAUCAAGGUUCUGAUUUAGAUUCUUCUCCAGCUGGAAUUCAGACCCUGAAGCACAGAGCUGAUGAUUUCGGGAGCGUUGAAGUGACAACAUUUCUAAGUACUGCAGAAGAAGGUAUACCAUUUCGAGUUGGAGACGUUCCAUUAGCAGAACGGUUCUCCAGGCAAAGGGCUUCAAGCCCAGGAACCGAACAACAACAAGAACAAUACCUCGAUCCAAAAGGAAAGAACUCGAUGAAUCUGCCGAAAGAAUCGAUGAGUCCAGAGUGUUCUGCGUCUUUUCCAUCUCCUGGAUGGCUCGAAAGCAUUGCCAAGCAAGAGGAGAUAUGGAGCAUGGGUUUCGAGGCAAGUGUUUCUGCAAUGGCGAGUUCCUGCAAUACUGAACUAUGGGGCGAUAUAAUCAACUGUGACGGUCCAGAGCUCGGCCCUGUCACGACAACAGCAGGUGGGUUGUCUGAUUUCUGCUGGGACCUUGGAUCUGAACAACUGGCUGUAAGUGGUUCGGAGAUUGGUCUCAGUUGGGCAACUGGCGGAAGCUCCUCGCUUGAUGAUGAUGCUCUAACAAAAAAGGAUUAAUAAUCUUUUAAGUGUUCUUCAUUAGUUCCUCCCUGGUUUAGAUAAACCCAUGAUUUAUCGACUCAAGGAUUGCGGUUCGAUGAGCCGUAGAUUAUGAUUUUAAUAUUUUUGUUUGUACAUUUAAAGCGCCAUUAGUCAUAAUCUCUUUGUCAUUA